GUCCAAAAAAUGGAAAUUGAACCGGCAAUUGGCAGCGAACCUGAGCCGGUUCGGUGGGAGCCCUAAAUCUCCAUUAGUCGGUGUUCUUGCACAGCUAUCGCACGCUCGCGACGGCGAUUGGCUGCCUCCUUUCUCGACCGGCGAACGUCCUCCCUUCCGUUUCUUGCAGAGGUUGAUUCCGACCUUUUCUUUUCUUUGGGAUCCGAUUCGCCCAUCAGGAUGGCUGCAGAGCAUUCAGCAGACAUGUUCAAGCUUUUGGAGAAGCAAGGUGAACUCCUCAUGGAAUCAUAUCGUUCAAUGUCCCAUGAGCUACAUAAACUUCAGGUAGAAGAAGAAAUGCUUAUGCAGAAACUCUACAAGAUCAUGACCAUGGAAGGCUUGUUAAACAAGGAAAAGCAAGGAACCAACGAUUCAAACGUAGAUGCAAACAAAUCGUUGCAGUAAAAGUGAUGCUCAAAUUUUGUAAACCAAUCUUCAUUUUUUUUCCUGGGCUGGAUGAAGAGAUUUGCAGUUCAAGAUAAGCCAUACCUUUAGGAAAUUGAUGGUUGACCUAAAGAAAAGUUCUUUCUUCCUUCUCUUACAAAUUGAUCCUAUGUUUUUGCAAGCAAGGGAUCUUAUAUAUAUUUUUUCUAGACUUUUCUAUAUAAAAAAACUCUGACCAGUCUCCAUCCUUACAAUGUGUUUUUUGAGACCAUGCCCCCUUUUUUUAUUGUUUGAUUUCUGAUUUUGUU